UAACAUCCUUCAACCCUGAGGCAAAAAUAACCCCAAUGCAGGAUCUGGUUUGCCAAUGGAAAGCCAAACCACUACAUGGUCGGUAUAGGAGCCGCAUAGAAGACAACGCUAUUGACACAAAGGCUUCCCAAGGAUGGUUGCAGUCAGGAACCUGGGAUGUAAGAAGCCUUAGUGAUAAAGAAAAGGAACUGACUCAGGAGUUUGAAAAAGCUAAACUAGGUAUUUUGGGCAUUUGUGACACCAAGAAGAAAGGUCAAGGAAUGAUUGAACUUGAUGGAGGACACAUACUAGUGUACAGCGGUGCCCCAGUGGACCAAAGGGUUCGAGAAGGAGUAGGCUGCGUUAUCAGAGCAGAAUAUGCUAAUUGA